AUGAGACGGAUUUUCAACUGCAACCGCAUUCCGGCAAGUGUUCGUAGUCGUCGAAUGAACAUGCAAAGCAACAGCAAUUCUUCUCAGAUGCGUGAUAACCUCGCUACUAACUUGCGUGAUAGUAAUAUAGAUCCUAUCGCCGAAUUACUAUCGCAGCUAUCUGGGUCUCGUACAAGAUCUCAACAACAAUCUGUUAUUAGUGCUCCAUCACACUUACAACAACUACAUUUACAAAUGCAAAUGCAAGGUCAGCAACAAUCAAGACAAAAUUCAUCAGAAUGGACUUACAAGAAAUCUUCUAGUACUGCAUCCGCGACAACUACUUCCGCAUCAUCUAGUAAUACGAUAACAGUAACUCAUCAAGUAUCCAAUUCUACAAACACUACAAAUCACGAGUCUACUACAUUAUUGGCAGAACGUACAACGGAUAGCAAAUUAACCGAUGAAGAACAACAUUCAAUAGAACGUGAACGAGCAAAUCGAGGAUUAUUCGUUCAACAAUUAUUCUUGUCAUCACUAACAGAAAAAUUUAAUGAUGAAGAACUACAAUUAUUAUAUCAUAGAGACAGCGAUGAUUUCAAUAAGCCUAGUUAA